AUGAAAAUGCUUCCUGGAGUGGGCGUUUUUGGGACUGGCAGCACUGCCCGGGUACUGGUACCUUUGUUGAGAGCAGAGGGUUUCUCUAUCGAAGCACUUUGGGGGAAGACUGAAGAGGAAGCAAAGCAGCUAGCAGAGGAAAUGAACAUUGAGUUCUACACAAGUCGGACUGAUGAUGUCUUGCUGCACCAGGAUGUAGAUUUGGUUUGCAUCAACAUCCCUCCACCACUAACCCGGCAAAUUGCUGUGAAAGCUCUAGGUAUUGGGAAGAAUGUAAUCUGUGAGAAAUCUGCUACCUCUGUGGAUGCCUUCAGAAUGGUUACAGCUGCCAGAUAUUACCCCAAGCUGAUGAGCAUUGUUGGUAAUGUCCUCCGUUUCCUGCCUGCCUUUGUCAAAAUGAAGCAGUUAAUAGAAGAACACUACAUAGGCAAUGUGAUGAUCUGUGAUGUGCGAGUGUACUGGGGAAGCCUGCUCAACCACAAGUACAACUGGAUCUGUGAUGAACUAAUGGGAGGAGGUGGACUGCACACAAUGGGCACCUAUAUUAUAGACCUCUUAACUCAUCUAACCAGCAGGAAGGCAGAGAAGGUCCAUGGCUUGCUUAAGACUUUUGUGAAGCAGAACGCAGCUAUCAGUGGAAUCCGUCAUGUCACUAGUGAUGACUUCUGCUUUUUUCAGAUGCUUAUGACUGGAGGUGUCUGUAGCACUGUGACUCUCAACUUUAACAUGCCUGGAUCAUUUGUUCACGAAGUCAUGAUUGUUGGGUCCACAGGUCGCCUUAUAGCUCGUGGGACAGAUUUGUAUGGGCAGAAGAAUACAGCAUUCCAAGAGGAACUACUGCUUACAGAUUCUCUGACCAUCAACACAGGCCUUCUGGACAAGGGGUUUAAAGACAUCCCCUUGCUGUACCUGAAAGGAAUGGUGUACAUGGUGCAAGCAUUGAGACUGUCUUUCCAAGACCAGGAAGACCGUCGGACAUGGGAUCACAAACCAGUCUCCAUGGCAGCCUCUUUUGAAGAUGGCCUCUAUAUGCAAAGUGUAGUAGAUGCCAUUAAAAAAUCCAGCAGGUCUGGGGAGUGGGAAGCUGUGGAAGUGAUGACUGAGGAACCAGAUGCCAAUCAAAACCUUUGUGAGGCACUUCAAAGAAAUAACCUAUAA